AUGCAGUGGGCGGCGGACCCGUGGCUCCUCGGCGCCGGGCGGCAGCCGGCCGCGGCCUGGCCAGGCCAGGCGACGCCGCUGCCCGCGGGGCCGCAGCAGUGGCCCGUCGCGGCCGGCCGCCUCCCCGCGCAGUGGCCGCUGCCGCACCAGGAGGCGCCGCUGCCGGGGCUGCCCCUGCGCGUCGCCUCGCAGCCGCCCCCGCCGCGGGCCCCGCCCGCGCGCUGGCACUGGGCGGUGCCGCAGCAGCAGCCCGCCGGCCACUCCCCGCAGCCGCCGCCGCCCGCGCGCAGAGGCAGUGCCUGGUGCCGUGGCAGCGGCGCCGCGGCGAACGGCGACCAGAUGGAGGAGAUGA